GUCAAUACGUUCUAAUCAGCCGGAAGUGCGUGGAGCUUUUUCCACAGAAGGGAUGAAAAAGCUAAAUUACUUACCAGAAAGUUUUAAGCCUUCGUCUGGCAGUUGAGUGUUUUUUUAUACUAUUAGGUCACAAUGGGAUCCAGGACGGUCGUGUUUCUUUUGUGGGAAAUACUGGUUUUACUUUGUAUUUCGUAUAAAUGUACGUGUGACUCCGAUGCUGAACUGUUUAUAACAGAUGGAGUGCUGCCUGCACUGAGAAUUCACCAUCAUUUCUGUGCACUGAAGAUGGAUGAAGGUCCAUGCAAAUCAAUCCAACCCAGGUUUUACUUUGACAUUGACACUCAGAAGUGUGAGCCUUUUGAUUACGGAGGGUGUCAGGGCAAUGAAAACAAGUUUAAUACUUUGGCUGAUUGUGAAGAAAUGUGUUUAGUAGAACGUGGUAAAGACCCAUGCCAAUUGGAGGAGGACCCAGGCCCAUGUCGGUCAAUAAUCAUCCGGUAUUUCUUCAGUACCAUUUCUCAGAAGUGUGAGCCGUUCAUGUAUGGUGGAUGCCUUGGAAAUGCCAAUAACUUCCUGACAUUAAAACAGUGUCAGGAUAUCUGCCACCAUAAAUCCAUCGGGGUACAAGCUGAACCUACUAAAAAAAACAAUGUCAUGGAACUUCAAGAUGGUGAAAAGCCAAAGGUGCCUCAGACUAGUACUCUAAACGUGCCAGACUUCUGCCUGACUCCUGCAGAGGAAGGUUCGUGUGCGGCUUCUGUGAAGAGAUACUUCUAUAAUUCUACCCAGGAGAAAUGUCAGCAGUUUGUCUACAGUGGAUGUGGUGGCAAUAACAACAACUUUAUCUCCAAGAAAGACUGCAGAAGAACAUGCAUGAAAGCUCUGCUGGUAUUCCAGUCCAGCGUCACUGUGAACAGUCUUAUGCCUCUUUUCCACCGUACAACCGAGCGGCGCCAAGGAUGUACCAAGCCCUCGCGCUGCGGUUAAGGGGAGUCUGGGUUGUUUUUCCACUGCAGAGCCGAGCCGUGCUACUGAUGUCACAUGUAACGAAAGACAGAUGUUAUUAAUUAUUGUUAUUAACUCAGCUUGCCAAAAGAUGCGCAAACAAAUGGUGUUAAAAAUUAAUAGACCAACGGUACAGCUGUAUCUUGUAUCGCUAUAUUUUGUAAAUGCAUAUGACUAUUUUUUUAGAAUUAUUUUAUUUUCCGCAUUUUUUUUUUCUUUUAUAUUAAUAUAAUAAAGGUCAAGGGUGAGAAAUUUGGUAGAAUUUUGUGUUUACGUGUGUGAGUUAAGUGUACCGUACCUGCGGUUUAUGUCCAUUUGCUUCAAAUUGUCAGAAAUGCGGGCAUAAACCUUCUCAUUUCUGACACACGACUCCAGAUCUUCCUGAAGACUUCUAUCUGCCCACAAAGAAACUAGAGCCUGCACUUCCUCAGCGUCCCAAGGCAUACAUUUCUCUCAUUACACUCGCUGCCCGCCAUGUUUGUUGUUUUUCUAUCUGGAGUUACUGACUGAUGCAACGUAAUGAUGAAAAUCCUUAACCCCGCCAAUGGCUCGGCUCGGCUCGGCUCGCAGCUGGAUUCAGAUGUCUUGUGAGGCCAGAGCUUCACAGUAUGGUUCUCGAUCAACUCGACAAAUAGCCAGUGGAGAACCACCCGUACCCGUACCAUACCGAGCCCUCACGGGUCGGAUGUGCCACUGGAGAAGGGGUAUUACUCUGAUGUUUCAUGUCAAUAGUCUUGGUGAAAAAUGCUCCCUAAUUCCUGAUAACUAUUGAUAUAACUGAAAGCUGUGAAUUGUAACCCUACACACCACAAGGAAAUACGGCUGCCACUGUUACCUUUGUAUUCUGUCUGCUUGUGUUGUUUGCAGUGACAUAAGCACCAGUAUGAUUGACUGUAGGGGGCCACACGUGACUGUUGCUGUCAAUAGUAUGCACUUGAAAAUUCCUACAAUUGUGAUUGGGUGCUUUACAGCUAACAAAAACUAAACAAAACAAAUAUUAUUUAGUAACUGAGGUUUAUAGAUUCACCUACAAUUCCAUUUUGGAACCAUCUACAGUUUCGAUAUACAUCAAGGAGCACAUUUAUAUUAAGAUUGAAUGUUUCUGUUAAAACAAUUUGACCCUUGACCAUGUGAAUUACCUUCAACUGCAAAGCAUGAAGUGAUUAGGUAGCAGGAAGCAAAAACAAACAUUGUCUGUGAAAUAUUAGGAAUUGAAUUACAAAAACAGAGAGACAAAAGAUCUUGAAGGGAAACCAGUCAUUAUUUCUAGUGCUAAUAGCAUUUAUUUUAUAACCCUGGUUAGCAGUAUUUUAAGUAACUUUACAUCACAUGACUAUAGAGAAGAUUGUGCUGUCGUGACAGUCUACCGUACAGUAUAUUUCUAUAUUUGUCUGUAUGUGAAAUGCCAGGAAACAACCUAGUAUAACAAUUUAAACUACCCCAGGAUGUUGCUAAU